AUGGCGAUUUCUGACGAUCCCACAGCUCUCACCCUCGAGGACCUCCCCGAGCUGCUCAAGAACGACACGAGUGUCAAGCUUGCAGGAUGCGACAUUGACGGUAUCCUGAGAGGCAAACUCGUCUCCAAGAAGAAGUUCCUCUCGAUUGCAUCUUCUGGUUUUGGCUUUUGCUCAGUCAUCUUUGGCUGGGAUAUGCAUGAUCAGACAUAUUUCAAGGAGCUCAAGAUUUCAAACAAGGAGAAUGGCUACAGAGACCUCACAGCGCAAAUCGACCUUGCCAGUUACAGAAGAAUACCGUGGGAGAACAAUGUACCUUUCUUCUUGGUCAGUUUCUACGAGCCUGAGGGCCAGUCUGUUUCGGCUUGCCCGCGAAGCGUCUUGGGAAGAGCGGUAGAGAAGAUCCAGGCCAAGGGCAUGAGUGCUAUGGCAGGAGCCGAGUACGAGUUCUACCAAUUCAAAUCGCCCUCCGAUCCUACUGCCUCCGAGCGCAACUCGUCCAGCACAGCCAAAUUCCUCCAGGAGAAUCCUCCCUCCGCCCUACCCUCCCUCACCGAAGGCAUGUUCGGGUACAGCGUUACCAGACCGGUACACAACCAGGAUUACUACUAUGGUGUCUACAAAGCAUGCGAAGAGUUCAGAUGCAACAUCGAGGGAUGGCAUACCGAGAGUGGUCCUGGUGUCUUCGAGGCCGCUCUCGAGUUUGGCGAGAUCAGAGGCAUGGCAGACAGAGCUGCUCUUUUCAAGCUCACCGUCAAAUCGAUCGCCAGCAAGUUUGGCAUUACACCCUGCUUCAUGGCCAAACCUCGCCAGAACCUGCCAGGUAACAGUGGACACAUGCAUGUCUCAUUGUGCGAUCCGGAAACGAACCAGAACCUCUUUGCACGCAGCGAGCCCGAUCCCAAUGCUCCUUACGAGGACAUCAAGCACCUUUCUGACCUCGGUCGUCACUUCCUCGCUGGUCUAAUCGAAGGCCUUCCGUACGUCAUGCCUAUCUUCGCCCCUACAAUCAACAGCUACAAGCGUCUUGUCGAGAACUUCUGGGCACCCGUGACCGUCAGCUGGGGGUUAGAACAUCGCGCUGCCAGUAUCCGUCUUAUCGCUCCCCCCACCGCUUCUCCCAAAUCCACCCGCUUCGAAGUCCGUGUUCCAGGUGCAGACACAAAUCCUUACCUAGUUUUGGCAACCAUUCUCGCACUAGGAUGGAGAGGUGUGGAAAAGAAGCUGGAGAUUCCAAUUCCCCCUCUGGGUAAGGGCGAGGACGUUGGCGGUGCAGCAGACAAAGGUGUCAGAUUAGCCAAGAGCUUGAGAGAGGCCACCGACACGUUCAAGAGCAAAGACAGUAUUGCGAGAGAGGUAUUUGGUGAUGACUUUGUCGAUCACUUCGCCGGCACUCGUGAGCACGAGCUCAGACUGUGGGACGAGGCAGUAACGGAUUGGGAGUUCAAGCGCUAUAUCGAGACUGUUUGA